GUAUAAUCCAGUGAUGUACUCGCACUUACGCUCAGAACAGAGUUAAGUUUAUCGCCAACGAAGGUGGCGGGAGGUUGAGGUAGACAAAUAGAACUGUCUGUUUUGGAUUUCACUUCACAGUGCAGGGAUCAAAAUGGUCAGUAGUUUUUAUGCGAAAAUUGCUAUAAUAUUUCUGAUCAGCGGAAUUGGAUUAUCUGAAGGAGCUCCAGUCACACCAUUUCAACAGGCAAAACCGAUGUGGCAAAAGUGGAAAAAACCACUUAACCGUCUGUUGGAAGAAGCUCAACAGAAGCCUUUUAUGAUGGACGCCAUUCGCAACGAGUUGAGGCAGUCUGGCUUUAAAGAUGAAGAAAUUGACGAUCUUAUUAAAAACGGAAUUUCGUCACUGAAAGGGAAAAAAAUUUCGUUAGACGACGUGAGCAUGUUUUGUUGUACCCUUUAACUACUAAAACUAGUUUUCUUUUUAUUUUGUACUAACAAGAAUUCAUUAAAUGAAUUUUAAAUUUUGUAAAUUACCAUGACCAUCAUUGUACAUUAAACAUAAUUCUUCAAAAUAAUAUUGUCA